AUGCCCCACAGCAGUGAUGCUCUACAACCCCCUCUAACCCCCGCCGAGCGGGAAAUUAUCAAGCCCUACGGUGGCUGGACCCAGUUCCUCAUGUCAUACGGCCUUAAGCCUUGGAAUGGGGAGGAUGCUGAGGAGGGCAUGGGUAUUCUCAAGGGUCUGGCUGCUAUUGAGGUGGAAGCUGAGGCUAAGUGA